ACAACCCUCACAUCCUCCAUCCCAAUCCGUACAACACCCAUCAAACAGCACAUACGAAAAAAACAGCGUCCUCCCCACAAGUGAGCGGGUCAUCAUGACACCACUGGUUGUUCCCCGAGUCAUAGACCUUGCUCGUGCCCAUUUUACCCCAGAAUCAACCCGACUCAGCUGCGGGGCAGUCUCGUCAAUUGCGGGGGAUGAUCUACCGACUUCAAGCAAUCACCUUGUUUCUCGUUGGCCAGACUGUUGGUGAUGUUACAUUUUUCGCUGAUCUUGGUGAAAUGUUACCAAUGAUGAUGGAGAUUCGGUGUAUUCCUUUGCCGAAACUUGUGCCGGGUCUGCUCUUUUCUCGUUUGGGAGGGCUUUAUAUACCGUCAUUGGAGCUGAAGUCUUGGUCUUUUUAUCCCCCAACUCUCUUCGUCUUUCACUGAAGUAGUAAAUCUCGUUUAUUCGCCACUCAGUACUCUUGACGCAAUAAUGGACACAGGCAAGGCAUCCGUCCAGAUGGACGAAGGCGAUACCCCCGCCGCCGGUCGUGAGCAAAACCUCGAAUCAUGGGAUUUUAACAACCAAACCGAAGAAUGGCGAAAAGACUUCGACAAGAAACUCCUCCGCAAAGUCGAUAUGCGACUAAUGCCAACUCUCGUCAUCAUGUAUCUCCUCAACUUUCUCGACCGCUCGAAUCUCGCACAAGCAAGACAAGGCUCCCUCGAAGAAGAUCUCGGCAUGUCAGGCACAGAUUUCAACCUCGCCACGUCGAUCUUCUUCGUGGGAUAUUUACUCAUGCAACUCCCCUCCAAUCUCAUCCUGACAAAACUUCGGCCGUCGCUGUACCUUAGUGCUUCGUGUUGUCUUUGGGGCGUGGUGUCGACGUGUAAUGCUGCUUCUGAUAGCUUCACCCACUUAAUUGUGAUUCGGUUCUUUCUUGGUUUUGUUGAAGCGCCGUUUUUUCCGGGGGCGGUGUUUUUGAUGAGUUCGUGGUAUACGAGAGCGGAGCUUACUCGGCGCAUUGCUUGGCUUUAUUCAGGAAAUGCGCUGGCGAAUAUGUUUGGGGGUGUUUUAGGUGCCGCCAUUCUCGGUGAUCUUGAGGGAGCUCAUGGCAUCGCCGGUUGGAGAUGGCUUUUCAUCAUCGAAGGCGUAGCCGCUAUCGGAUUCUCUUUCAUCGCCGCAGUCGCUCUGCCCAAUUACCCUCACACCACCAAAUGGUUGACCCAAGAAGAGCGAGCAUUCGCAGCAUGGCGCUUGGCACAAGAUAUUAGCGAAGUCGACGCCUACGGCGAAAAGACAAUCUGGGACGGUGUCAAGUUGGCUGUACGCGAUUAUCGACUCUACCUCUUCGUUCUUCUUCAGCACGUCAGCUUGAUUUCCCAGACGUUUCAAUAUUUCUUCCCAACAAUUGUUGGAACGCUUGGUUAUGGAAAGAUCACCACCCUGUGGCUCACUGCACCUGCUUGGUUUGCGACUUUCCUCCUCUCGGUCUGCGUAACGUUGAGCUCUGCCAAGACGAAUGAUAGAUCGCUGCAUAUUAUUUGCCUCAUGCUUGUAGCAGCUAUUGGAAACGCGAUUGCAGCUGCGACGACCGUCGUUGGAGCUCGCUUCUUUGCCAUGUUUCUCAUGCCCAUGGGCUCUGUUGCUUCUUAUCAAAUCAUCGUAUCAUGGGUCGCAAACUCCUUCCCCCGUCCCUUGGUAAAACGAUCAGCCGUCAUCGCCAUCUGCAACAUGAUCGGCAACACAGCCAGUAUUUACGGAUCCUACAUGUAUCCCAGCAAAGACGGUCCCCAAUACACCCCAGGUGGAAGUGCUAAUGCCGCGAUCUGUGUUAUCGUCGCUCUCCUUGCUCUGUUACUGCGAUAUGUUCAUAAAUGGGAGAACAAGAAGUUGGAUAAGGCAGAGGCUGAAGCGAAUGCCGUGGCUACUGAGGAUGGAAAGAUCGACAUGGCUGCAGCUACGGGAACACAACGAUCAGGGUUUAGGUAUAUUUACUAGAUGGUUGUCUCAUAGCUAGCAGUUAUUUAAGACAAUCACUCAUGUUUUGAGACGCUUCCUUCGCUCACCGGAACUGCUGUGUUAUUGGUAGAGUGUCACAGACCGCUGGCGGUGUCGGUACCUCAAAAGGAUCCCCAGUAAUGCUUAUCAUAGUCACCCUCCGGCUUCCACAGAGCAGCCGGUGUAUAAACCGGAAUGGGCACAUCAGCUAAAGCAAUAGUCAGCGCAUAUACAUAUAAAGCUCAUCAAGUAACUUACUCCC